CCCGCUGCAGCCAUUGCCGCAGCCACUAUGCCGAAACGAAAGAAGGAGAAUCAGCACCACUUACCGCCGCAGCAGCAGCCCCCAUUACGGGAGAGGGAAGAGACUGGAGAUGAGGAGGAUGAGAGUCCCGUCGGACCACCCAGCCUUCUGGGCCCUCCCCCCAUGGCCAAUGGAAAGCCUGGUGAUCCCAAGUCAGCUCUUCACAGAGGUCCUCCAGGAUCCAGGGGACUGAUGAUUCCACCAUUGCUCAGUCUCCCACCUCCUCCCCGUGGUAGAGGCCCAAUUCGGGGAGGCCUCAGCCCUAGGUCUGGCCCAUAUGGUUAUGGUUGGUGGGGGGUCAAUGCUGAACCUCCUUUUCCGGGGCCAGGCCACCGGGGUCCCUCCAGGGGAAGCUUUCACAAAGAGCAGAGAAACCCUCGAAGGCUCAAAAGCUGGUCUCUUAUCAAGAAUACCUGCCCACCCAAGGAUGACCCCCAGGUUAUGGAAGACAAAUCCGACCGCCCUGUCUGCCGACACUUUGCCAAAAAGGGCCACUGUCGAUAUGAAGACCUUUGUGCCUUCUACCACCCAGGCGUCAAUGGACCUCCUCUGUGAGACUAUGCCUUCCUUCCAGGUUGGAAGGAACCGUCUGUGACCUAGCAGCCAUGUCUUUCCCUGUGGCCCUGUGGAGGCUACUGUGAGGCUCUUCCACACAACACCCUCAGUCAGUUACACACCAACCUCAUCCACACCUCCUGCAUUUGGGGUCCGAGUUGAGUUUCAUCACUGGUGCACAAUGUACACACUUUUCUUCUGAUCCAGCUUCCAGAGACUUGCCUUCAGGACCCCAUCUUUGCUCCUUUCAAUUGCCUCCUGGAUAUCCUUCCCCCUCGUCAAAUGACUGCUGAACAGGAAACCUCUUGGUGCUGUUUCUUGUGCAUCUGUCUACCAGCCCGCCAGCAUUGCCCUUGAUCCUUGAGAGCCUGGAGCAGUUUCCUACCAUUCCCCUCUAGCUGCUUGUUUUAAGUCCUUUUUACGUGAGACCUACUGCCCUUAGUGUUGUCAGAUGCUUGUAAAACUCACCAGGUGGUCUGACCUGGGGUCAAGUUUGGGUGUCUGAUAUAGAGUUACUCCCUAAAAGGCCACUGUUCCUACUUUUGGCUUUCACAGUUUCUCUGUCAGUAGCAUGAUCCCCACCACUAUGGUCUGUGACCACUGUGUUUUGUGAAACCCUGUGUACCCUCAUAGGCUUUCUCAGUGUCCGUGGCAUUUUUGUAACUUCCCAACACUAGAAUAAGUUUUUCUGCCAAAAUGAGUGAGGCUUUGGUGCCCGCUAGACUUCCUAGUGACUGCCUCCCUGUUCCUCCUCAUGCUCCUGGUAUUGGUUAUUCUGGGUCUGACCCAGGCCUGUGGGAUGUCUUGUAAAGCCUCUGUUGGCUUUACCCUACUUAGCUACUCUCCGGUCCAUUUCAAUUAGAGUACGUCAUUGUGAGGCCACCAGUCCUUUCAUUUGAAUUCUGUGAAUCUCCACCUGGCCUAUCUUUGGGUGGAACCUGGACAGUACUAUUGCCCUCUUUGAAACCCUCUUCCCCUACAUCCCUGGCAUUGGUUGUUUUCUGUGAAAAUGACAGUGAACAGGUUCAGUUUUGAACUGGCCCUGCAGAAAUGGGCCAGGAGUUGUGUAGACAAGAGGGAGGGAUAAGAGUUAUUGGAGAAUUGAGGGUUUUUUUUUUUAACAUUUUUUUAUAUUAGUAAUAAACGCAGUGGAAAACCAGCAUUUUCUUUAA